AUCACGACACGUCACGGCUACCCUUACAAUACAAAUUUACCGCCAAAAUCGGAGUUCGUCACGACAUUGUUCCAAAUAUAAACUUUCUUAAUUUCAAACUGUGAUACCUAGCCUUUUUGUCUAUAAAAAAAAUGUAAAAAAUUUUUUUUCUAAAAAGUUGCCAAUAUUUUUGUGAAGUUUUCGAAUUGGCGGGUGUCGGGUUGAUGUGUGCGAGCGAGAGGUGUGAUAUGGAAAGCCCCGGCGAGGAAACGGGACGGGUAGUUCCUCCCGCACCGCACACCCCCGCCGCUCCUCAGCCCAACAAUGGCUCCAAUAAGAUCAUCGGACGAAAUGUGAAUGGGACCAUGGUCGUGACGUCGGCUCCUGCAAAUGAGGCAGAACUACAAUUGUACAGGGUGAUGCAACGAGCCAGCCUGUUGGCUUACUACGACACCCUGUUGGAGAUGGGUGGGGAUGAUGUACAGCAAUUGUGUGAUGCUGGAGAGGAAGAAUUUCUUGAAAUAAUGGCUUUAGUAGGCAUGGCCUCAAAGCCUCUCCACGUCAGACGACUACAAAAAGCCCUUCAGGAAUGGGUCAACAAUCCUGCCCUUUUCCAAAUUCCAAUCGUUCCUAACCUCUGUCCAACUGAAAAUCCCUUUAUCCAAUGUAACCAAAGACUCCUUAAUAUGCCUCCUUCAAUUCCAAAUGUCUUACCGAGGACGGUGGCCUCUCCUGAAAGUAGUAGACCAAUGUACAGCCCGUCUCCUGGUGCUCCUGAGAACAGUUGUGGGUCUACUGCCUCCGCACCUAACGCUAGUCCUGUUCACCAAGUGAAUACAUUUACAAAGAUAGUCUUACCGCCGUCUCCUGCACCAGCAGCCCCUGUUACGUCAACAGCUUCCAGAUCGUUUUCCCCACAAAGUGCCUGUCCACCCGCUUCGGCUGGUUCCAGCCCAAGUUCAGUUACAUCACCAGUUCAGCUGACGCCAGUACUCUUGGACGUUCACGUGCAGAAGUUGGCCGCAGCUGCUGAGAAGUUGAGCAAACAUUUGCCUCAACUGGAACCAAAGCCACAGAAUACAAAAAAAAAGAUGUGCAAAGAUUUAGAACUAGUGAUGAUGAUGCCGGAGUCAGAUCCGAGGCGGAUGGAGGAAAUUAGAAAGUACGCAGCAAUUUAUGGAAGGUUUGAUUGUAAGAGGAAGCCUGAGAAACCAUUAACGCUGCACGAGGUAAUGGUGAACGAAGCGGCGGCUCAGAUAUGUCGUUGUGUGCCUGCACUCCUGACAAGGAGGGACGAGCUCUUCCCUCUGGCGAGACAGUUAGUCAGGAGGGCUGGCCUACACUAUUCUAAACACGGCCUCCCACCCACAGCGUCAACAGGCGAGGACCGGGAGCGUGACGAGGACGAGACGCCUCCGAAGCGAUCGCGGCAGGAAGGUGAGGAAGGAAACGGUAUCCGAGCGAGUCCUGAUGCAGCCAGAAGUAAUUCCAAUAGUUGGUGGGGCGUGAAGGCAGAGAGUGAUGACGCUGACUCCAGGUGUUCAUACUCCAGUACCAGUACUCCACCACCGAAGAAGGUAGCAUCCUUUGGUAGUGAUUACCACACUUAUGGCUCUGGAUUACAAGGGUACCCAAGUUAUGGAUCGUAUGGGCUGAAGAAAGGGAACAUUUAUGCUCUUAAUGGAAACCUUACUACGACUGGAUACGCUCCCAACCAAGUUUAUAACACCAAGAAUCGAUACCAGGUUGUGGUAAAGAAAACCAGGGUUGGCAGCAGAAAGAAAAAUGGGAAACGUCAUGCAGCCCUCGAGAUCAUCUUCGGCCACCGUAAACGCAGGCAUGCGGACGACGAACACGGGUGGCUCGCCUACCGACCCAAAACCAGACCCGAAAGUACGGCGCGUCGCGUUUUGCGCGUGCCUCAAAGAAGCACCACACCACCACCAUGGAUGGGGCCCAAUAGGGCUAAUACCGAUACCGAGCCGCGGAGAACUUAA